AUGUCAGCGAAGGGAUACUACGUUUAUUAUGAUGAUGAAAACACGCCAUAUUUCUUAGAUCCAACGACUGGCGAAUCAACAUACGAAUAUCCAAUCGGUGGUUUAAUUUUUGAUCCAGAAUCUCGCGAGCAAUGGACACCACCAGAAGGAUACGUCAUACCUGAAGCACCAGAGCCACAACCGGAGCCCGAGGCCCCUGCAGCAUCCGAAACUCCUGAAGAACCAGUAGAAAAUCCUGAGCCGGAGCAGCCUGAUGAAGAAAAUAAUGAAAUAGCUGAGGAAGAGCAAGCAGAAGAGCCUCAGGAACAAGAGCGUUCACCUUACGAAAAUCCAGGAGGUGAUGUGAAUGUCUCCGAAAAUCUUACUCUUGAUGUUCCAACACAAGUUUCUAAUUUCAGGCCGACAGUUAGUCGCCGCGCUCAGACAGUUCUUGUUGGAGCUGAUAAAAAUAAAGCUCAGCGUGUUGUCCCACAGGACGAGGACGUAAGCCACUUCAUCGACUCCGAACUCGCAUCUCAAAUUCAUCAAUUCCAAAUUCAAGACUUUGCAAAGAAAUACUUCAGAGAGCAUCGCAGCAAGCAAGUUUUCAACCGCAAGCGAAUUGCAGUUGAGCAGCUUGUCUCUUUUACUCCAGAACCACUAGAUGAACCUCUUCUCGAGGCUCUCGAUAAAAACCUUACGAAAACAGCACUUCUUUGCUUCAAGCAUAUCCUCCAGUACACCGGCGUCAUGCCCUCAAAGGCUCCACUUGCCGCUGCCGAGUCAAUUGUCAACCAAUUAUACACUUACCCAGCCCUUCGCGAUGAGGUCUUCUUCCAGCUAAUUAAGCAGACAAGCCACACACCAAACAACACCAUCCUCAGCAAAGGAAUGGAACUUUUCUUAAUUAUCGCUACAAUCUUCCCUUCAACAAGAAAUAGCGAAAACUGGAUCAAGGCCCACCUCGUAGGUAUGUCCCACCACCCAGAUAUCCUCAUCGCCGCUGUCGCUCAGUUCACUUACAUCAGAUUUGCCGCUAGAUGCGCAGUUGGCAUCCCUCGCGAGAGCAACGAAAUCGGCUACGUCAAGAAGAUCCCAAUGCAGGUCUCAAUGGGCUGGCAAACGUUCGGAUCAUCUAUUUACGAAAUGAUGUGGAACCAGCGCACAAAAGAGCCAAAGCUUCCUAUUCCAUUUAUCGAAUACUACAUGGCUGAUUUCCUUCUCAAACGCGGAGCCGCCAAAACUGAAGGUAUCUUCAGAUUGCCAGGCAGUUUGAAGAAAGUCGACGAAAUGGCUCUUGGAACAAACGAUGGCAAGGACAUGAUUUCCAAAGCAGAUCUACACGACAUCGCUUCACUUUUCAAGAAGUGGUUCAGAGAUAUUCCAAAUCCAGUUGUUCCGAUAGAUCGCGUCAACGAUUUGAUGAACGUCUUUGAUGACGGAAAGCAGGAGUACAUACAGUUUUCGGAAUCUCUUCCUCGUCCUCAUAAGAUGGUUCUUAAAUACCUUAUUGGCUUCCUCCAGGAACUCACUCGGUCAGAGGAAUAUACAAAGAUGACAGCGAAGAACCUCGCCAUCGUUUUCGGACCAAAUAUAGUUCAAUCCCACGAUGUCACUUCACAGGACAUGGUUAGGAAGUUUACGGAUGUUGCCAUUGACUUCAUGGUCUUCCUCAUCGAAAACUGGGAUACUUCGGAAAUAUAUCCAAUGAGAAGAGAGUACUUAGCUUGUCCACCACCGGAUAUGCCAUAA